AUGCUGACGCUAAGCCCCAGCCUGAGCCGCAAGAAGAGAGCAGCGACUCCUGACGAUAGUGAUACAUUAGAAGGAAUCCUCGUUUCUGACUACUACGUCGGGUCCCCGACACUCACGCAGAACGUGAAAUGGCGCAGGUACAAGGAUAUGAGCAUCCUCGUACGGAAGGAUUCAGAUGAACUAGCAGCCGAGCUUGAAUGGGUUGGAGAGAUUGACGCAUCCCCCGCGACAUUUUACCUAUACGUCUGCGGGAAAUGGAGGAGUGGUUUUUUUCUCCACCCGUCUGGAAAGCCGCAACCUUUCACCAAUGCCAAGGCUAGAGGACGUAUCAUUGCCCCGACUACUUCCAGGUGGAAGAAAAUAAUUAGCGACUAUGUCUGGGAUUCUAUCCUCGAGGGGUUCCAGAGAAUUCAGACUUCGAGAUCGACGGAAGGUGCAGCGUGCAGGCAUACCAUUGUCGACACUGACGGUGUGAAAGUCAGACACUCGAUUUUUCAGCCUUUGGAUGAAGAAGGGCGUGAAUAUCCUUCGAACCUGGAGGCCUCCAUGGAGCGUUGGAUUUGCCAAGAUGCAGCUACCCAAGAAGAGUUGCAGGAUAUUAUAGCAGAAGGGAAAUAUGAAGGCCAACCACUCACUGUCAUUGGGGUCGAUGGCCGACCAAUUCUGCCCAAGGACUACAAGUCACAUUUGUCAGGUGCAAUCGUGCACAUCAAAGCGGGCAUCGUCGACCAAUAUUUUGAUAGUCAGAAUUUUGACAACUACUUCGCCGAUAUUAGCGAGAUUAGGGUGCUUGCGCCUCCAGCGCCUCCGCCUCAAUCUCCGUCCAAGAGACGCUAUCAGGAAUUGCUACGGCAGGAUGCCAUAGCCUGCAAAAGGCACCGGGCGAAUGUUUGA